GACACACAACUGAAAUUUGCCACAUGCGUAGUGGCUUUUAUUGCUUUGGGGUCAGAAGCAGUUAGUCCUUCGUUGACAGUUUGGCCGUGCAUUAGCAAUAAAAUCUGAUGUUCUAAAAUUCUUCAUUCUUUAUCGUGGGGGAAAAGUGUAAAUACUUCAGCUUUGUGAAAUCAGUGUGUCAUAACUUGCGUCGAGCAGGUGGUGUCAAAUGAGCUUCAUUUAUAAUAACCCAGACCAACAGGUCGACCCUGAGGAGUUUGAUUUUUCGGUACUUUUCGACAAUAGCCAUGAUGAGGACUUCGCCACAAAAGAGGCAGAAAAUGUUGCUGCUUCUCACAAGGGCAUUGUUCCUCCUACUGGGAUUGGUUUCCCAACUAUGGAUGUCUCCCACUAUGGAUCUCAAUCGUGUAGCUCAAUGGUAUCUACAGUGUUGGCUGGAGAACACAUGAGUGAAUAUGGCCAAGUGGACAACAGGGAGUUCAAGUACUACUUGGAAGUUGCAAAGCCAAAUGCAUCAUCUGGUGUAGAAAGCCCAAGAAUUGAGAUCACACCAUCACCUGGAUUGUUUCAUGUAACCCCACAUGUAACCAGCUUUGGUGAGCAAUCAUAUCAUUCUCCGACAGCAGUUCCAAGAGUCACUUUACCUGUGCCAGGUUCUGAAAACAUUGUAUAUAGGGACCCAAACAGUCCAGCUAGUAGUGCCUCAUCAACAAGCUGGCAAUCAGUUGUGUCUCAUGAGUCAAGUUCCCAUUAUGGCAUCUCACCUCAGACCUCACCAAUAACAUCUCCAUGUGUCUCCCCAAAAAAUGGUGCAGAAGAAUAUCAAGGUCAGGGUGUCCACCAUUCUCCAAGAACAUCUCCUGUCAAUUCUCCUUCAGCUCAUAAUGAAAACUGGCAGAAUGCACGAUCACCAUCCCCCAUGCCCCGGCCUUCUUCAAGGUCAUCAUCACCUUGUGGAAAAAGAAGAUAUUCCUGUGACCGCUCCAGAACUCCUUCUCCGCAGGCUUCACCAAGAGUCAUUGCCAGAGAUGAACCCGGUUUGCACCAAUUUGCAAAUUCUGCAAGUCUUGCAGAUGCAAUGAGCACACUCACCACCGAUUCCAACAAUGAGUUGGUCGAAAUGCAUCCGAUAAAGGCUCGUAUCAUGGAUCUGACUCCGCCAUCCUCCCUGAAAACUGACAUGUGUAAAGGAGAAAAACCUCUCGGUUUUACCACGCUGAAUUACGCUGAGUUUUCAGGGCCUUGUCAAGAUUUGAAGAAAGAUAUUUAUGGAGUUGACCCACUUCUACUGAUGCCUCCUCAUCCUUUUCAGUGGACAAAACCCAAACCUACAUGCAGCAUUCCUUCUCUACCACCUCUGGAGUGGCAACUGCCAAGUCUAUCAGGACAGUAUGAAUUGCAGAUCGAGAUACAGCCUAAACCUCACCACCGAGCUCACUAUGAAACAGAAGGAAGCCGCGGGGCAGUUAAGGCUCCAAAUGGUGGUCAUCCUGUGGUCCAGCUGCAUGGCUACAUGGAGAACACACCUUUAAGCCUGCACAUAUUUAUUGGAACAGCAGAUGAGCGACUCCUAAGGCCACAUGCCUUUUACCAAGUCCAUCGCAUCACUGGCAAGACAGUCUCAACCACCAGCUAUGAGAAAAUAUGUGGCAACACCAAAGUCCUGGAGAUCCCUCUUUUGCCGGAGAACAACAUGAAAGCAGUGAUUGAUUGUGCUGGAAUAUUGAAGCUGAGAAAUGCAGAUAUCGAGCUGAGAAAGGGAGAAACGGACAUUGGCAGGAAGAACACCAGAGUGAGGCUGGUUUUUCGAGUGCACAUCCCUCAGCCCAAUGGCAGGACUGUCUCACUGCAGGUUGCUUCCAACCCCAUUGAAUGCUCUCAGAGAUCAGCCCAUGAGCUACCUAUGGUGGAAAAACAGAGCACAGAUAAUUGUUUAGUCACAGGUGGCCAGCAAAUGAUCCUCAAUGGUCAAAACUUUACGAAUGAGUCAAAGGUGCUUUUCACAGAGAAGACUCCUGAAGGACAACAGAUAUGGGAGGUAGAGGCAACAGUAGAUAAAGACAAAAGCCAGUCGAAUAUGCUCUUUGUUGAAAUUCCACGUUAUCGGAACCAGCAUAUUCGCACACCAGCCAAAGUAACCUUCUGUGUUGUUAACGGGAAAAGGAAGAGAAGCCAACCACAAAGAUUUACGUAUCUUCCAACAGUGCCUGUCAUUAAAACAGAACCUAUUGAUGAGUGUAAAGGUGCCAUAUUCUGCAGUGCUGUACAUCAUGGAACCAUGUCUCCAUAUUAUUAUACACAGCAGGUCAUGACCCCUGUUAUGGUCACUAACCCCACUUCAUGUCUUGGGGGAAGCAUGACGUCCUGUCGUUCUGGAUUCUCUCCACAUGAUUCUAAAUAUCAGCAGCAGAAUCCAAUUGGAGGAGUCUAUCAGAGGUCAAAAGGUGGCAGUCCAAAUCAUCUUGGCUAUCAACCCUCUGCCGUAAUGGUGCCUUCAAUUCCCGUAAUUCCAGAUGCACACAGAUCUGUGUUGGUACAUACUGGGUCACCUGCCCAGUCUUCAAUGCUGCACCAGUCUCCUACCAAUCAAUCUUCUCUGAUAAUUCAUCAUUCCCCAAACAACCGCGAGGCUUCUUCCAUGAUCCAAAAUUCUCCAACCAGCCAUCAGUCAUCCAUGAUACAGCAUUCCCCAACCCAUCAGCAAUUAUCAUCAAUGAUUCAUCAUUCACCUACUAGCCAGCCUUUGAGAUACAACAGCCACCAGGAUUACCAGCAACAAGUGUAUUCAGAGAAUGAUGCCCACGUGCCUAUUGUGCGAUCCACUACACCACAGCCAGUACAUCAUGUGCAAAAAAAUAGUCCAAAUCAAUAUCCAGCUGUGAUUCAGCAACAGCACCAACCAUCCAAUACAAUCCAGAAGGCUUCCAAAAACAGACCCUCACCAAGUCAGCUUGCAACAUUGAUCAUGGAUCAACAGGAGAAAGAAACUACAAGUAUUGGAGUCACAGUGAAGCAGGAACCACAGAACCUGGACCAGGCAUACCUGGAUGAUGAAACUCCAUGGGACUUCUUCAAAAGGCUGGAGCACUUUAAUAAGUUAAUGAAAUUAUAAGAAAAGAUCUUUCUGCAGUCAUUGUGCGAAGCCAGUCAUAGACACAGCAGAUUUACAACGGACACUUCCUUGCAUAAGCUUGGAAUUUUUCUGCACUUCUAGUGGUACCCUUGGUGUGUCAAUAGGUCAGCUGUAAGGUUCACAUUCAGCUGCACAGAACAAUAUGCUGGCAAGGAGUUGGUUUCUCUGACUAAUCACUAUGGGAAUUUUCACCUUGUGAAUUUCAGCUUAGCAAAUUUUCAUCAUUGUUUCCAUUCAUUCAGUGUAUUUAUUGGGGUCAAUAACUGUAUUUUCAGUUUAUACUUGUACAAUUUUAUUCACUUAGAUUACACCCAUUUCCUCUCAAAUUUUCAAAGGACUGAACUUCAGACCAGUCUACUAGAACUUUGAGCUAUUUUUAAGCUUUUCUUAUUAUCUUCUUUAACUACAAGGGCGAGAAAUAUCUUUGCAAUAAUUUUCACAGAAGUCAAAAUGAAAAGUUCUGGUAUGAAAAAGCAGUUUAACUGCAAGAAUGUGCAUCAUUGCCACUUUGACAUCUCAGAUAAAAUACACUUUUUGUUGAAUCUACCCGGCUGCAACUCUAAAUUGAGUGCAAAAAUUUGACGAUUUGCAUUGAAUAUUGGGUAACUGGUAAAUGAACAGCAGGAGCAUAAAGUUUCUAUCAAACUAUGUAAGUUAUUUUAUGUCCAGUAGUUUAAAGAGUAUAGCUAGAAUCAAUAUGCCCUGUUGAAGUUCAGUGUUUCUUUCUGACAUAUUCUGGGAUGUUGUUAAUAUAACUUUGACAUAAAACAACCUCAGAAGACAAAGUUAAGGCAAAGGUAGAAUUCAAGAAUAACUAAUACUAAUAACUAAUGCAUGUUGAUUUAUUUAAGCAAUACCUAUGAUCAUUGAAGAUCUAUUUUUUAAUAUCUCAAGCUUUGAAGAGGCAAUUUUUUGUGUAUAACUUGUUUUCCCAUUAUAGAACAUAAUAUUUCAACCACAUACACAUAUAACAAAAGACUUCUUGCUAUGUCAAGAAAUGCUACCAUAGCAGUUUUAGACUACAAAUGAUUCUACCAUUCUUUUAAAUCUAAGAAUGAAGCCAUUUACUAUCUUUUCAAAAGGAAUCAAGAUAAUUCAAAAUAUAUGUUAACAUAUCUGGUGUACAUGUUGUUUGUUAAUUUUUUUUAAUAUGUGGUCAAAAUACAAACCUCUCUAUUGCCAAGGUGAAAUUCCACCGUUUAUGCCUUAAUCAGCCUUGCUGAAAGACACAACACAGUCUGCCUGUAUAAAGCAAGUUAAAUGUUAUCAAAUUAUUAUCAUGUUUUAAAAUUCUAGGACAUAUAGUUGCAAUUUUAUCCUGAUAACUAGUCAGUGAUUACACAGUAUCAGGAUUGUUCCUUUUGUAGCCAUUUUUAGUUGGAUAUACAGUAGAUUUUAAUUAAUAAAGCUUUAACCAGUCUUUUGCCCUCAGCUAAUUGGAUGAUGCACAUCUUGAGGCAUUCAAGUCUGCACAUCACUCUUGGGAUAGAUUUCCUGACACCUAUGUUCUAAUCUAGAACAAAAUACUGUUACAGUGGAGGAUGAGAAUUAUUAAUGAAUAGACAAUAAAGCAGGAAUAGAGUCAGAUGCAAUUCCCUGAAGAAAAGAUGGACUAUUAUGUGCAUAAGGAUUAAGAAUUUAGUAUUAAUUAUUAUUGAAUUUACAGGACUGUUACCGUUUAAUGUUUGGAAUAUCUCUGAUGGCAUACUGCUGUCAAACCUUAUAAAUCCAGUGACCCACUUUGUUGUUGCAAACCACAGAUCACCCAAGGUUACAGGAACAUUAGUUAUACUUCCUGAUGAACAGGAAGAUCCCUGUAUCUGUGCUACUAAAAUUUUCCUAAUACUUCUUGCAUAGUUGGAGCUAUGCCUGUCAUAUGUAAUCCCAAUUGAUGGCAUCGGAAAAUGCACAGCAGAAGUAGAUUUAAAUAUUAUAAAUAUUAACUUGUUAUUGCUAACUGCCACCUUGUGGGGUGACAAAGUAUUAUCAACGUUAAGGUACUAUAAGUCAAAUGAAAUUAGAUGGGAGAUAGUACUUGGGUGUCAUAAUGUUUCAAUUUUAACACUUCCCAUAUAGAAAGGGCUUUUCAUAUCCUUCAAUUUGCUAAACUAUGAAAAGAUUCAUAAGUGUUCUGGUUCUAUAUAAAAUCAAUUAUGAGAAGACCCUCAGAGUAGGACUGGUUUGUAGUCUGGUACAUCAUAAGAAAUCUUACAGUAAGUUCUUUUGCUUUAUAAAUAGGUACAGUAAACUUUAGUAUCAAUAUCAAUGAUUUAUUGUUUUAUUGAUAUAUUGAAUGUAGAAAGCCCAAUUAUGGUUUUUAUGUAGAUGAACUUAUUUUAGUUUUGUUAUAAACGUAUAUUUAGCUUGCUUAAAUCCUGAAUGCUUUUUACCAUAUUUUCAUUCCAUAAUAGCAAAUUAUAAUUAGUUUGUUAGACAGUGUUUCAUGUAUUAUGCAAUCAAGCAUGAAUAUUGCCAACUGAUAUAAAUAUCUGUUAAUGUAGGGAUCUGAAAUGAGAAGUCUUUAAAUGUGUUGGAAUAUAGAGAUAGGGAUGGCAUCUUCUAAUAUUACAUUGUAGACACAAUAUGUUCUUUCCCCUUUCAAAAGUCAUAUGUAUUUACUAUCAAAGGAUAGUUAGUUCGUGGAUUAAAUUUGUGUCAGGGAAUCUACUUUAAAGUUAUUUUUCCUGCUUAUUACUUAAGAACAUCAGAGAGAACACAACUCCUAGUUUUUGCUUUUAAGUUUGCUGUUGCCUGACUAUCUACAUUUAAUCUCCAUCUCUUAUUUCAUAUCAGAGUUAAAAUAAUGAUGAAAGAAUGUUCCUACCAGUAAAUUCUUUCUUAAAUUACAUUAGUAACCUGAUUCCUACAUAUUAAAAAUUGAAACUAUUACACGUGAAAAAAUGUAUCAUAACUUCAUAAAAUCUGUGUAAAUUUAAAACAAAUUCUAUUUUGUUGACCUCAAAAUGUUCAUAUUUUUAAUUUAUUCCCUUGUUUCUGCAAAAAUGCACAUUUGAAACAGGACAAUAACAGAUAUAAAUUAGAAAGGCAGGUUAAAAAUACACAAUCCAGUGUACAUUUACAAGAAUGAAAUCUUAUAAAGAUUUUACAAAUUAGCUGGAGUUAAUACAUUUUUGAAUUUCUUUAUUUACUUUUGUGAUUCCAAGACUUAGUGGUCAAUGUAUAUUUUUUAAUAAAAUUGGCCCCAGGUUUCUUACAUGGCAUUCAUUGCCAUAUUUGAAUUUUUUAUACUGUUAAGUAUUAUUGUGUCUUUCAAAGUGCACAAUAUAGCUCAAUUCUUGUUUAUAAAUUCAUUUUGUAACAAUUUUUUAAAUACAUGUCAAAAGAUGAUAUUUGAGUUAAAUGAAAAAUGUUUAACUGAGUCAGUUUCUUGUAUGUGUAAUGUAAUUUAUGUACAGUUUAUUAUGGAACAAUAUAUUGCUUUAGAACAUUGUCAUCUCCAGCAAUUUUUUAAUUGCUCAAUUUUAUCAAGUCUUUCAAUUUUGUUUUUGGUGAUGCACGGGAUCCCUCCAUAAGCAGCAUUCAGCCCUUUAAAAUGAUCAGGGCUGCAGAUGGCAUGUACUUAGAAACUGACAAGCAGGGACAUUUUGUAUUAGUUUACUGUGGCCAUGUUUGUACACUAGGAAACAGCAUCUUUCCUCAGUUGUCUAAAUGGUCUGCCACAGUGCCUUCCUGUCAUUGUACUGAAACAAAAAUUAAAGAACUGGAUGCCAAAAAUAUCAACCCUGUUUUUCAAAGGUCUUUGUAAAGUGAAAUAUUUCAAAGAAAAAUCUGUUUUUUUUUGCUAAGGAUCUAACAAGCAAAGUAAAUUUUGAGCCAACAAAGUUCUUAACAAAGGUCAACGACGGAAAGUUGACUCAUAAAGGUCCAUGUGUAAUAGUAGAAAGAAUGUGAUAAAGUAAUGAUUUGCACUGUUAAACGUAAUGCCAUUGAUUAAGAGCAAUACUGUAUAUUCCUUUUGAAUGUAGAACUUCUCUAAAGACAGCACUAUAUUUUUUGUAAUGUAAAGAUUUCUGCUGCUUACUUUUAUAUCCAAAAGGUUCUCAUUAUCUAUUCUUGUUUUUCAAAAGCAUGAUGUUGUUAUCUUUAUUUUAGAAAUUUACUGUAGAUUUUUUUUAAUAUUUUUGUUUCAUACUUCUGAUCCUAAACCAUUGUUUAUACUUAAUUGCUUAUAUUCCUGCCUCUCUAUAAUCCCUUCAGUAUCAGAUUUGGAUUAAUGCAAUUAAUUAAUUAAUUAAUGCUAUCUCUCUCUCUCUCUCACACACACAGACAUACGCACACACACACACACACACACACACACACACACACACACACACAUAUAUAGUAUAUCAUGUAAAGAAAUAUAUUUGCUAAGAUUUUCUAAAAAAAAACUAAGAACCAGCAGAGAAGGGGUUAAAUGCAUCUGAUGAAAUAGACACUUAUUCUUUAAGCAAGAUAUUAAAUCAUUAACUUUUGUAUUCUGAUGCUAAUUGUAGUAACAUUUUGCAUUGCCAUGCUUAGAUCUGUGCAAUUUAUCAAUAAAAAAAACA